AUGUUUACUUUACCAGCUUUAACAUCCGAUAUCACUGUUUCAGUUAACAGUGGUGCUAAAUUAACUGAGUCUGUUCGUAGACCAAUUGAACCAGUUGGUAAAUUCUUUUUACACCAUGCUCAAAGAACUUUAAGAAACCAUACUUGGUCUGAAUUUGAAAAGUUGCAAGCUGAAAAGAAUGUUAAGACUGUUGAUGAAUCCAACGUUGAUCCAGAUGAAUUAUUAUUUGAUGAUGAAUUAGCUGAUGAGACUUUAUUGACUCAUGACCCAAGAGAUUGGAAGUCUGCUGAUUUGUACGCUGCUAUGGGUUUGUCUAAAUUGCGUUUCAAGGCCAGCGAUGCUCAAAUUAUCAAGGCUCACAGAAAACAAGUCUUGAAGCAUCACCCAGAUAAGAUUUCUGCUUCUGGUGGUUUGAACCAAGAUGGUUUCUUCAAGAUUAUUCAAAAGGCUUUUGAAACUUUGACUGAUUCCACCAAGAGAUCUCAAUACGAUUCUUGUGAUUUCGAAGCUGAUGUUUUACCACCAAAGAAGGGUGAUUCUUAUGAUUUCUUUGAAUCUUGGGGCCCAGUUUUUGAAUCUGAAGCUCGUUUCUCAAAGAAAACUCCAAUUCCAACUUUAGGUAACUUGGAAACCGAAAAGAAAGAAGUUGAACAAUUCUACGCCUUCUGGAACAGAUUCGACUCCUGGAGAACUUUCGAAUUCUUGGACGAAGAUGUUCCAGAUGAUUCUUCCAACAGAGAUCACAAACGUUACAUCGAAAAGAAGAACAAGGCUGCAAGAGACAAGAAGAAGACCGCUGAUAACUCUAGAUUAGUUAAAUUGGUUGAAAGAGCUAUGAGUGAAGAUCCUCGUAUUAAGUUGUUCAAGGAACAAGAAAAGAAGGAAAAAGAACAAAGAAAAUGGGAAAGAGAAGCUGGCGCCAGAGCUGAAGCUGAAGCUAAGGCCAAGGCUGAAGUCGAAGCUAAGGCUAAAGCUGAAGCGGAUGCUUCUGCUGCUGCCAACGCUAAAGCUGAUAAGAAGAAAGCUAAGGAAGCUGCUAAAGCUGCCAAGAAGAAGAACAAGAGAGCUAUCCGUUCUUCUGCCAAAGAUGCUGACUACUUCGGUGAUGCUGAUAAAGCUGCUACCAUUGAUGAACAAUUAGGUCUAAUUGUCGACACCUUAGAUGACGAACAAAUGGUUGAAGUUGCUGAUAAAAUCAAAGCCGACGCCUCUGCUACCAAACAAGUCUUGCAAGACAUUGCCAAGACUAUGAGUGAAGGUGGUAAGUUACCAGCCAGUCUUUUAUCUUAUUUUUUAUAG